AUGGGUACAUCCGAGGGGGAGAUGGAAGCAUCAGGGGCGAUGGGUACAUCGAGGGGAGAUGAAAGCAUCAGGGGCGAUGGGUACAUCGAGGGGGAGAUGAAAGCAUCAGGGGCGAUGGGUACAUCGAGGGGAGAUGAAAGCAUCAGGGGGCGAUGGGUACAUCGCGGGGAGAUGGAAGCAUCAGGGGGCGAUGGGUACAUCGAGGGGAGAUGGAAGCAUCAGGGGCGAUGGGUACAUGGAGGGGGGAUGGAAGCAUCAGGGGCGAUGGGUACAUCGAGGGGGGAUGGAAGCAUCAGGGGCGAUGGGUACAUCGAGGGGGAGAUGGAAGCAUCAGGGGCGAUGGGAAAACACGUGAGGGAAUCCACGGGGUCCUUGGAGCUGGUCAUCAGAGAGGUGCGCAAGGAAGAUACCGGGAGAUGGACCUGCUCUGGCGCUACAGCCAACACAGAGGUUUCUAAAGCAGUCACUCUCAUCGUCAUGGAGGAUCUUCGCUUGUCCCCAACGCCACCCCUAAAGUAUUCUGUGCGGCCGUAUCACAGUGUUGUGCUGCAGUGUGACGUCAGAGGGAGUCCCUCGCCGAUAGUCGGCUGGAGCUGGGCUGGUAGACCAAUUGUAUCUGGCGGUAACUACCUACAGGAAUCAUCAGGGUUACGGGUGCUGAACGUUACGUCUGCUCAGGGUGGUGUGUAUACGUGCCAGGCUCAUGUUCCGGAGACAGGAAGAUUUCGUAGUUGGGACAUACAGCUGGAGGUUCUGGCACCACCGACUGUUACGAUCGAGAUCUCUAACCUGAGGGCGGGCAGCUUCUCGGCGCUCAUCUGUACCGGUUCUGGCACACCCACGCCGCGUUUGUCUUGGUUUAAGGACCAAACACCCAUUGUUCAGGAGGAUGAUCGUAUUAAGCUGGAAUGGUUGGAGGAGGCCGGGAAAUCUUCAAUGUCCAUUAUCUUCAUUCCCCUGGAGGGAGAGGACGAGGGAAACUAUACGUGUGUGGCGCAGAGUGAGGAGGGCAGGGCACAGAAAAGCUUCCUCCUGCAGCCUUUACGUCCUCCCGCCGCACCUGGUAAUGUUAGAGUUGUAAGAGUGUCUCCUGACUCAGUAACACUGGCUAUCAGCCCACCAGAGGAAGACAACAGGCCGCCUGUACUAGAAUAUCACGUGGCAUAUAUUUCUAUGCAAAAUUUCGAGCAAACCAGAAGAAGCGUUGAAGCAAAACACGACGAGGACGUCUUGGUGGAGCUAGUAGAUCUUACUUCCCAAACAACCUACAGAGUUCGUAUUUACGCCAAGAAUAUCGUCGACUUCGGCUCGUUUAAGGAACUAUAUAUCUCCACUUCUUAAUUAUGACAGGACUAAGUAAGUAACAAGUCAGGUCAUCAACAAGUUUUAUUUUUUCCUCAUUACAAUCAAACAUUCUGCAAGUAUCACAUAAAGGUAGAUCGAUUUUUUUCUUUCAUGUGAUAAAAUAAAGAAAAUACAAGAAUAGUAUUGAUUAAAAGAGUUUGUUCAUUUCUGAUGCAGUGUAAUCCACAGCACAGCGGUACCUUUGAUUUACCACCUUGCGGGCAGUGCCUUGAUUUAAACACGCCCUUAACUGUUAUGUCAUUACAAAGGUUGUACCUGUAAUAUCACAUACACAUGCAAGGGCAGAAACGUGUGUAAGUGCGAAACCAAAACCCUUAAAUCGACUAUAUCUAUUACCAGUACAGAAAAAUUUUUCCAUUAUUGUUUGAUUCCGAUUGCUCAACCUACCUAGAGCCUUGGUAACGAUAAGCUAUCUAUGGUACUGGUGGGGCUGUUGGCGCAAUCUAAUGCUCGUAUAGACUACUUGUGCUCCACCAAUAUGGGGUAUAUAUCUACACACGUGAGCUCCACCCAUAUGGUAUGUAAAU